GGAAAAACAACAGGAAAUGACUUUAGCUGACAUGUGUAUUGAACCUAGUAAACCAUGGGAAUACUGUCCAAGAGAAGUAUUUCGGAGGGUUGUUAAAAUUCUAAAAGAUGAAUUCGACUUGGUUGUGUAUGUAGGCAUUGAAAUUGAAUUUUACCUUUUGAAGAGUGUAAUAAGGUACACACGAAAACUAGGAAAGGUCAAGUAUGAAAUUGUCCUGGGAUAUACAGAGGCUAGUACAGCAAUUGUCAGCUUAAUUUAUGCAUGUGAAGUAAUCAAAUCAGUUUCAAGGCAACUCGGAAUGAUGGCGACUUUUGUUCCAAAGUUGGCAACACAGAAUGAUGGCGCCUCUUGA